AGGGCCCCUGGUCUCUUUAAGAAGUCGGAGAGGGUCCAAGCCCCGCCCUGAUAUGCAGAUGAGGCCACGGCGGGCCUCCAAUCGGGAGUGGAGAAGGGGAGGGGCCGGCUCGCCCUGCGCUUAAAGAAAGUGGUUGGCCGGAUCCGCCGCUCGGCUUCUACUCGGGGUGGCGCGCUUGGAGACGCUGGCGGCUGCCGACGGGGCGCGCUUGGAGAGCUCCACUUUUUUGCGCGUGGCGGAACUCAGCGCAGAAGGGAAACCCGCGCUGUGGGCGAGGCGGCGGCUGAUUGCGCUUUGGGGGGGCUCUGCUGCUGCUGCUGGAGGUCCAGGGAAGCCUUCUAGCUGGGCGGCGGGCUUUGCGACGGUCCGCAUCGCGCGCCUCUUCACUCCGUUGUACGCCAGGGACCGUGCGCUCCCGGCUAGACUCUGGGCUCCUUUGCUCCGCUGCUGGGGCGCCCCGCUCUUUCCGGCCGCCCCCCCGCCGGCCCUCCGCCGCCCUCCGCCGAUGCUGAACAUGAGCGAGGAGCACUCCAAAGCCCUGGAUGCGCCGGGCAGCCCCGCGGGCACCGCCAGCUCCAUGUCUCACGUGGACUCGGACUCGGACGCGCCAUCGUCGCCUGCCGGCUCGGAGGGCGUCCCGGCGACCUCCGCCUCUGUGCAGCGCACGGGAGGGGGCGGCGGCGGCCCCAAAGGCGAGUCGGGCGACGUGGACGAGCGUUUUCCGGCUUGCAUCCGGGACGCCGUCUCGCAGGUGCUGAAGGGCUACGACUGGAGCCUGGUGCCCAUGCCCGUUCGGGGCAACGGGGCGCUGAAAGCCAAGCCUCACGUCAAGCGGCCCAUGAACGCCUUCAUGGUCUGGGCUCAAGCCGCGCGCCGGAAACUGGCCGACCAGUACCCGCAUCUGCACAACGCCGAACUCAGCAAGACGCUCGGCAAGCUCUGGCGUUUGCUGAGUGAAAGUGAGAAGCGUCCUUUUGUGGAGGAAGCGGAGCGCCUGCGAGUUCAGCACAAGAAGGACCACCCAGACUAUAAAUAUCAGCCACGCAGGAGGAAAAGCGUCAAGGCAGGCCAAAGCGAUUCUGAUUCAGGAGCCGAACUGAGUCAUCAUGGUGGGAACCAGAUCUACAAAGCCGAUACUGGUCUGGGAUCCAUGAGCGAAGCUCAUCACCACAGUGACCAUGCAGGGCAGACUCACGGACCCCCUACCCCACCUACCACCCCCAAGACGGACCUUCACCACGGGAGCAAGCAGGAGUUGAAGCAUGAGGGGCGCCGCUUAGUGGAGAGUGGCCGGCAGAACAUAGACUUCAGCAACGUGGACAUCUCUGAGCUGAGCAGUGAGGUCAUCAGCAACAUGGAGACCUUUGACGUCCAUGAGUUCGACCAGUACUUGCCGCUCAAUGGCCACUCUGCCAUGCCGGCUGACCACGGGCAGAACCCCACAGCGGGGUCUUAUGGGCCUGCCUACUCUCAUCCGGCAAGCGGCAGUGGGGGUGGAGCAGCCCAGGUGUGGACUCACAAGAGCCCGUCCUCCACAUCUUCUCCUUCCAACGAAUCUGGGCAGCAGAGGCCUCACAUCAAGACAGAGCAGCUCAGCCCAAGCCAUUAUAAUGACCAAUCGCAUAGCUCCCCGACUCACUCCGACUAUGGAUCGUACACCGCCCAGGCAUGUGCAACUACCGUGUCCUCGGCCACGGCCACGGCCUCUUUUUCCAGCACCCAGUGCGACUACACGGAUCUCCAAAGUUCUAACUACUACAACCCAUACCCUGGCUACCCUUCCAGCAUCUACCAGUACCCGUACUUCCAUUCCUCGCGCCGGCCAUAUGCCACCCCGAUCCUCAACAGCUUGUCCAUCCCUCCUUCGCACAGCCCCACUGCAAACUGGGACCAGCCGGUCUACACGACUCUGACAAGACCUUGAGAAGGGUGAAAGGAGUUGUUGCUGUUCUGAGGUCUUCCCUGCCCUGUCCCCACCAAAACGUGUGCACUACUCAUAUUCAAGAACAGAAUGAAGAAAAACACAGCCUACGAUGGAAGGAGCACCAUUUUCAUUGUCUCAAGUGCCUCUUGUUCUUCUGUAAUGACUUGGUCAUCUGCUCCAAAAAAUCUUUUAAAGUUUUUGAAAGACAGAGUUCUAUUUUCUUUAUUAUUAAUAAUAAUAAUAAAUAAUAAUGAAUGAAGCAUCUGGACUGAUGGUUUCCUUUGAAUUCAUGAAGGACAAUAUAUUCUAACUCCUCUGUGAGGACUUAAAAGAGAAGUACCACGAUUUGUUUGAGGGACACUGCAGAACUAUCAAGGAGGCAAAGAAGGUAUUCCAGGGUCUAUUGCAAUUUAAGGAUAAGUUGGCCUUGGCACAAAGAACCCAUGUAGAUUUAAAAAUCCUAACCAUUCAAUUAACAAUAUUGAGGGACCACUCGAGAAUCUUUUGGGACCAACCAACCAACUAAUGUCAGAACUUCUUUGAUUUAUAGUGGAGAGUUCUUCUUAGCAAGGUUUGGCUGUAAUUAACAUUUUUGUUGGGAAGCUUAAAAAAAGUGUGUUAAGCUCAGAUAAAGUCUUUUUGUUGUUGUUGUUUUGGGGUAAAUCUGUUAAAUAUGUAUUUAUGUUCUGUGUAAUUUUGUCUUUUUUAAUUAAUGAAGUAAUUCUGUGCAAGAAGUAGAUUUUUUGUUUUUGUUUUAAAAAAGAGGUUUUAAGGAGCAUAAAUGAGUGGAGACGAGAUGAUUUUCCUGCUUCUUGUUACAACAGUGCAGUGUUUAGGUUCUGCCCAAUCUGUAAGGACAAAUCUGAAAUGUCCCCCCAAAAACUAAAGUGGUAAUGUGAGGACUUGAAGGAAGGGUGAGUGUGGAGGUUAGGGGAAGUGAUGGAUUAAUUUUCAGGGAGAGAUAAAAAAUAAAUACUUAAUGAUAGUGUUUCCAUAAGAUUUGUUCACAAGGAAUGCCAGACUGGAAAUGAGGUCUGCCUAAUCUUGGAUGCUAUUAACAAUGGCUACUGGCCAUUCAUAAAACAGGAUAUAAAGCUGAUUGGCCUGUCCCUGCUUUUUCUCCCUAGCAUCACCAAUUCACAGGUGCACUGAACAUGGAGGUUCCCCAAUAGCGAUGGAGAGUCUGUCCUCCAUGAAUGUGCCCAUCCUUUCCCCCAAAGCCAUCAAAGCGGAUGGCCGACCCCACCACCACCACCUCAAGAAACAGUGACUCCUAAAAGUGACGAGUUAUGAAGAGGUGCUUAACAUUGAGCCUAUUGCCAGUUGAAUCCCAUAGGUAAUCUGAGUGGCGGUUCAUGGCUCCAAUUUCAGUGGCUCAGUGAAUCCAUUACGGGAUUUAGUCUGAAUUUUCAAGGAGAGCACUUUUGGACAGCCCCUUGAAAGUUUGGACCAAAACCCGCAGCGGAUUCACUGCGCCACAGACAUCGGAGCCUACAACCGCCACUGAGAUUACACCCCCAGGUACAAGAGAGAGAGGAAGAUUUGCCCCCCUCCAAGUAAGAUUGAUUCCCUAGGAGUGGUUUUAGACCAAUGCGUCUUGAGGAGCCUCCUGCUUGAACUGGUAUGCCUGAGAGUUGAUUUGGCUUCUUCAUGGCAUGCUUUGAUGUUUCCCCUUUCCGCACAUCAGCAAUUAAGUAGAGCUAGAUUGUCCAAAGGGGGUUCAGAAUAAGACACCUUAAUCAAAACUCAUUUCACGAGCUCAAUGCUUGCAGCUUCCCCGAUCAGCCUUUGCAUUGGUGACCGCUCUGGGUUGGAAUGCCUUGGCACAAACUGGCUUUGUAAGCUGGUUUCCUGGCAAGGGGCUGACUUCAAAAGUUAUUGCAUACGAGGGGGGGAAAGUCUGAAACCCGCCCGCCCACCCACCACCCUUAGAAGUGCUGUGGCUUUUUCAGGAUGGGUGCUAGCUUCCUGCCACUUUGUGUCUUGUGGGUCUCUUUUAAAAAAAAGAAUCUGACAAAUUCCUACUUAAAGUGUUUCACGUGUAUUCCUUUCUGGGAAUAACUGAAAUACAAGCCAAAUGUGAAUUUGGAAUGCUCUCUGUCUCCUUUCAGUGAGGCUACUCCAGAGUAGAUGUGGAAAAAGGAGGAAUGGUAGCCAGCAUCCCCUCCCCAUGCCAAUCAGUUUCAACACGUUAAAUUUGAAGGCCUCGUUGCAUUGUUGGACUACGUUGGCAGCACAGCUAGUUUUUGAGAAAUUACAAUUCAAGCAGAAGCUACGGAUUGAGUUUCACUUUAAUGUUGCCUAUUUAAGGACCAGAUGUCAUCAAUCAAAGCUGUGAAAAUAAAAAUGUUCUCCACUAUAUUUUGGUUAGUUUUUAGAUGUAGACUAAUAUUUCAUUGAUAUUUUGUUCCAUUGUAUGCUGAGCAUAUAAUAACCAUCCACUCUAAUGGUAACGUUGUGCCUUUUAAAAGAAAACUUUAUAAAUCUUUAAAACUUUCAGAGAUUAUCUAUCUUAUCUUUUCUAUGGUUUCAUAUUCUUGGGUUUUUGUUUUCAUUUUCCUGAAAGAUUUUUUUUUUUUGCAUAUUGCCUUUUGUGAAUUUGGGGGGUUGGGGUGGGAGAAUGGAGCAGGGGAGAGGAACAGAUUCUCCUUCUUAUGCAAUCUAUUUUUCUGUAAAGUUUGAAGGCCAUCAUUUGUUAUUUGUUCACUAGCUUUCAACUAAGUACUGCUAACUUUUGUACAGGUCCAUUUGAUAAAAUUAAAAAAAGCCUUUUAUUCA